AUGGAUCGGUCAUCUUCAGCCCUUCAUUAUCCUGAUGUUGUCAGUCGAUCAAAUAAUUCAAAUUCGAAACAAGCCGCUAGUAAUUAUGCAGCUGGACUUAAAAUGGCCAGUCUUUUCUCAGAACAUGUACUUCUCUAUCCGUUAGAUGUUCUUAGACGACAAAUUCAAGUAAAUAAUGAAGCUGUUAAAUAUCAUUUAUCUCCAGUUAGUGUUUUCCCUGUUCUCUUUAAAAUCUCAGCACAAGGUCCAUCUUCGUUGUGGAAAGGAGUUCUUACUUCACUUGCUUAUAAUGGUUUAGUAGUUGCAACAGAUAAUUUUCUUCAAGAUCUAAUUCCUGUUAAAAAAAGUAAACAUAAUAAAACACAACAACUCCGUCGAGUUGCCCGUAAUGUAGCUGUUCGAACAGCUGCUUAUUUAAUUGUCUCCCCAAUUUAUUAUGUAAUGCUUAUUGAAUCAGUUCAAAGUGUAAGUGCAUCUGAUGGUAAUUUACUCGAUGGUAUACGAGAUACACUUAUUCGAUUUAUACCUUAUUCAUCAUCACUUAGUAUUGGUCGUAGUAAAAUGUUACCUAUAUGGAAAAUUCUUAUUCCAACUGUUGGUCUUAUGACAGGACGUUAUAUAUGUGAGAAAAUAUUAUAUAAAAUAAUAUUACCAACGUUAAAUGCCAUUGAAGAAGCUGAUCGUUAUCGAAAAAGAAAACAACAACGUAUUGCUCAGUUAUCAUAUGAUGAUGAUUAUGAAACAGAAGAAAACGUUCUUCUUUUUGAAACAACUUAUGCAUCACUAAUUGCUCGUAUUGCUGCCGGAUUUUUUGGUCAAUUAUUAUUUUAUCCAGUAGAAACAAUUGUACAUCGUCUUCAUGUACAAGGUGUUCGUGCUAUUAUUGAUAAUACUGAUACUGGUGUUGGAGUAUUACCUAUAAAUUCAUCAAUUUAUUAUACAGAUUUUUGGUCUUGUUUGAAAUCAAUCGAAGAAAGUGAAGGUAGUGCUGGUUUAUACAAAGGUAUUGGAUGUGUUCUACUUAAAUUUUCAUUACUUUAUGGUGGCAUGUUAUUGGCACAUGGUGUUGCUAAAAGAUUUGUUAUUGAUAAUAAAUCUUCGUCGGAUCCUGUAACUACAACAUCAAACUGGAAUAGAGAACCAACAACUACAAUGACAACUAAGAGUGACAAUGGUAGUUGGUCAUAA